AUCUCAUUCCAAUUGCCAACUAUACCAGCACAUCUCUCACGAAGUACACGAUCACACAAACAAGCAAUACAACAUGUCGCACCCUCAAGAACCCACGCGACAGCCCACAGUGGACGAGACGGAGCGCUACAAGGUCACUCUCCACCGCGCCGCCAUUGCAGCUCUCGUCGUCUGCCCAGCCCUCGCUGCCCUACCACCGCGCAAACUAGACUUCUACACAAUCUCCCUGAUCGGCAUGACUGGCUACUCAGCAAACUACCUAUACCGCGAAUCACAAGGCCAAAGCAUUUGGAAAGUUAUUGGCGGCAGCAAGGCUGAGGAAAUGCGACCCAAGGGCGACACAUCACUACCCACCGACAAGGCUCGCGAAUUUCAGCGUCAAUUGAAGCUGCAAAGAGAGGCAAGAGCUGCUGGCGACAACUCAGGUGUUCAGGCCGCUCAGGAAAACAAGCAAAAUAUCCUCGAGCAGGUAUACUACGGAAACGAGAAGCCCGAGGGCUGGAGAGCACGCAGAGCAGAGGAGGACCAGAAGGCUCUUGCUGAGGGUAAAGGUCUGAGCGAUAUCAUCAUGGACCAGAUCUGGGACGUCUGGACUUGGGGCAAGCACAAGGAGCAACAAGUCGAGGCUGAAGUCAAGUCUGAGAUUGGGAAGAAGUAGACUGUUUUGCCGCAGCUCUGGAGUUUGGACAUAUUGAAGGACUAUCUUGUACGACUAGCAUACUACUCAGAGGUCACGAGACUGUAUUAUAUGCGAGAUUCAUGCGUUCGAUCUGCAACCUUUUGGCCUGGGGGAAAAUUGAAUCAAAAAGAGACGCUACCUUGGGCUUGAUGAGAAUACAAUUGAUCAGAUACAUCUAAUUGUUGGUUUGAGAGGACCAAGUUUCAUCAGCUAAACUCGGUCUUGAGCCAUGUGUUCCCAACCAGCGAGAUGUUCUCAACAUAGAAGCCCUAAGAACUCUGAAUCGUACCUGCUGUUCCCAUUAGCGC